AUGAGUGCUGGAGAGCUGAACGACAUUGUGAUUGCACUGGAAAAGGCACGCAUCAGCCAAACCCCCAUCGAUCCUCCCAAGAAAACGUACCCCGCUCUCACUGCCGAUGGCGCUUUUGAAGUCCAGAAGAUCACGGCCGAGAAUGCAGUCAACAGCGGUGAUCGACAUGUGGGAUAUAAGCUGGGCAACAUCGCCAAGGUCAUGCAGGCUGCUUUUGGUCUUGACCAUCCAGACUACGGAUUCCUGCUGGGUAGCUUCUUCCUGCAUGAAGGCCAGAAGGUUUCCCUGAGCAAGUUUAUCAAGCCGUACGUCGAGUUGGAACCCGCGUUCGUUCUCAAGGGUCAUCUGAAAGGACCCAACGUGACCAUCGCCGAUGUUGUCCGCGCAAUCGACUUCGCCAUCCCUGCUAUCGAGAUCAUUGACUCUCGCGUUAAGAACUGGGAAAUCAGCCUCGAGGAUACCCUGGCCGACAACGGUUCGCAAGGUGGCAUCAUCCUGGGGGGCACUCCGCGUCGGAUCACCGAUCUCAAUCUUCACAACACUAAAGGCACUUUGAAGUUCAACGGGACAGAAGUUAUGACGGGAAACACGCAGAACAUUUUGGGGAACCCCCUGGCAGCUACGGCUUGGCUGGUCAACCGCCUUGCGCAGUACGACGUUGAGUUCCUGCCGGGUCACGUCAUCAUGCCCGGCAGCUGCUUGCAGGCCAUGCCGAUGGACAAGCCCGGCCGAUGGACCUGCAGUUUUGAGGGCUGGGGGAGCAUCGAAUUUGAUGUGGUUGAGUAA